AUGGGGAGAGAGUUGGAGACAGGGGGCUGUGAAGUCUCCUCUCUCCUCCCACCCUUUUCCAUCCCCUCCCCCAUCUCCCCCCUCCCCCCCCAGGUCUUCCUCCCCUAUCCCGUCUUCCCUCCCCUCCCCUGUCUCCCCUCCCCCUGUCUCCUCUCCCCUCCCCAUCUCCCCUGCCCUCUCCCCCAGUCUCCUUUUCACUCUCCGCAGAGGGGAUGGGAGACAGGGGAGAGGUGGGGAGACAUGGGGAGGGGAGAUGGGGAGGGGAGGGGAGACGGGGAGCCAGGAGGGGAGAUGGGAAGAGAGUUGGAGACAGGGGGCGGUGAGGUCUCCUCUCCACUCCCACCCGUUUCCAUCCCCUCCCCCAUCUCCCCUCUCACCCCCAGGUCUUCCUCCCCUAUCUCUGUCUCCCCUCCCCUCUUCCCCCACCCGUCUCCCCUCCCCUCCCCCUGUCUCCUCUCCCCUCCCCAUCUCCCCUGCCCUCUCCCUCAGUCUCCUUUUCACUCUCCGCAGAGGGGAUGGGAGACAGGGGAGAGGUGGGGAGACAUGGGGAGGGGAGAUGGGGAGAGGAGGGGAGGGGAGACAAGGGGAAGGGGAGGGGAGAUGGGGGACGGGAGAUGGGGGAAUGGUGGGAGACCGGUCUCCCCACCCCUCCCCCUCCCCCCAUCUCCCCUUCCCUCCUCUCCUGUUCCCUCAUCUCCUUCCGAGAGUCCUGGUAGACACACGGGAGAGGAGAUGGGGGUGGGGAUAGGGGAGGUGAGAGGAGGUGGGGAGAGGGGAGGUGGGGAGAGGGGAGGGGAGCUGGGAAGAGGGCAGGGGAGGCGGGGAGGGAGAGAAGGGUAG